UUCCUCCCUUUCUCGUUGCUUUGGGUCCGGAAAAGUUCUCCGAGUUUACGUAACUGGGGUAACUCAGCUCAACUGAACUCUUACAGAAUAUGUUGGUGGUACAGAUCUGACCUAUGAUAAUACCUUGCAAGAGUAUGAAUAUUUCAACAAACUGCCUCUUCAGUGGUUCCUCAUUAGCAUCUGAAGUGCAUGCUGCUGCUGUUAAUGGGGAUAAGAGUACCCUCCUAAAGUUAAUCGCAGGAAACUCUGAGCUGAGAGACAAAGAGGACCAAUUUGGAAGAACUCCACUUAUGUACUGUGUGUUGGCUGACAGGGUAGACUGUGCAGAGGCAUUGCUGAAAGCUGGAGCAGAUGUUAACAGGGCUGAUCGUAGCCGAAGAACUGCUCUCCAUCUUGCUGCACAGAAGGGAAACUAUCGCUUCAUGAAACUUUUACUGGCUCGAAGGGGGAACUGGAUGCAGAAGGAUUUAGAGGGUAUGACGCCGUUACAUUUAACUACACGUCACAAAAGCCCCAAAUGUUUAGCUUUGCUGCUAAAGCACAUGGCACCUGGAGAAGUGGAUACCCAGGACAGAAACAAGCAAACUGCAUUGCAUUGGAGUGCCUACUACAAUAACCCUGAGCACGUGAAACUUCUCAUAAAACAUGAUUCAAAUAUUGGAAUCCCAGAUAUUGAAGGAAAAAUUCCACUUCACUGGGCAGCAAACAAUAAGGAUCCUAGUGCAAUUCACACAGUGAAAUGUAUUCUGGAAGCUGCACCUACAGAAUCUCUGCUUAACUGGCAAGACUAUGAAGGACGAACUCCACUUCAUUUUGCUGUUGCUGAUGGGAAUGUGGCAGUUGUUGAUGUCCUGACCUCCUACGCAGGCUGCAAUGUGACAUCAUAUGACAACUUGUUUCGAACUCCUCUUCACUGGGCUGCCUUACUUGGUCAUGCUCAGAUUGUCCAUCUCUUGUUAGAAAGAAAUAAGGUUGGAACUAUCCCUUCUGAUAGCCAAGGUGCAACACCUCUGCAUUAUGCUGCACAGAGCAACUUUGCUGAAACAGUUGAAGUAUUUUUGAAACAUCCUUCUGUAAAAGAUGACUCAGAUCUUGAGGGAAGAACGUCCUUCAUGUGGGCAGCUGGGAAAGGCAGUGACAACGUCAUUAGGACUAUGCUGGAUUUGAAACUGGAUAUCGAUAUCAAUAUGACAGACAAAUAUGCUGGGACAGCAUUACAUGCUGCUGCACUUUCUGGCCAUGUCAGCACAGUGAAAUUGCUGUUGGAACGCAAUGCACAGGUGGAUGCUUUGGAUGUCAUGAAACACACUCCACUUUUCCGAGCCUGUGAGAUGGGACACAAAGAAGUGAUACAAACACUCAUUAAAGGAGGAGCAAGAGUAGAUUUGGUUGAUCAAGAUGGCCAUUCACCCCUUCACUGGGCAGCCCUGGGAGGAAAUGCUGAUGUGUGCCAAAUCCUGAUAGAAAAUAAAAUCAACCCUAAUGUGCAGGAUUAUGCAGGUAGAACACCUCUGCAGUGUGCUGCAUAUGGAGGUUACAUCAACUGCAUGGUAGUGUUACUGGAAAAUAAUGCAGAUCCAAAUAUUCAGGAUAAAGAGGGAAGAACUGCUUUGCACUGGCUCUGUAACAAUGGCUACCUUGAUGCUAUAAAGUUGCUGCUUGGUUUUGAUGCUUUCCCUAAUCAUAUGGAGAACAGCGAGGAAAGAUACACUCCACUUGAUUAUGCCUUGCUUGGUGAACACCAUGAAGUGAUUCAGUUCAUGUUAGAACAUGGAGCUCUCUCUAUAGCUGCCAUACAGGACAUUGCUGCUUUCAAAAUUCAGGCUGUUUACAAAGGAUAUAAAGUUAGAAAGGCUUUUCAAGAAAGGAAGAAUCUUUUAAUGAAACAUGAACAACUGAGAAAAGAUGCUGCUGCCAAGAAACGUGAAGAAGAAAGUAAAAGAAAAGAAGCCAGCCUACAGAAAGGAAUGCAGAAUGUGGAGCAAAAUAAGUUUCGAGUACAACCGAGUGCAGCAGAUCGAGAGAAGACUUCCAGCACAUUGCAGUUAUCUAAUAAACAAAUUGAUCUACAGAAUAAGAGACCUCUCUCUGUCAAGGCUUCUCAAAUUCAGCUAGGGAGAAACAGUAGAGGUUCCCCUAAGGCUUGUCGCAGCAAAGGGUCACCAAAGGAGAGCCGCCUGUCUUCAGAGCCACAGAGCGAAGGUCAUAACAUCAGGCAAGAAUUAUUGAGAAAGCACAUCAAAAGCAAGCCAAGUUGUGUCCAUUUCCAUUGCGGCAAAGCAAAAGAGGUAAUGAAAAUUGAAGCAAAACAUCAGGUUGCAGCUGCUACAGAACUGAAUGGAGAAAAGCACAAAGAGCACGCUUUGGAGGCAAAUGGUGCUCGUGGUAACAGAAGGCAUGCUUCUGCUUGUGGGACUGCUGGUGCUGGGGAAAAAACAAGAGAUCAAAGUCAGUCUUCAUCUGGUAACAGGGGCCACUGUGAAGGAACUUCAGUGGUCAUGUGCAAUGUCAGUUGUGCUGGUGGAAUUGCAAGAAAUUCAAAGCGGUGUGAAGCCGUUCCAAAAGGCAAAAGGCAUCAGCAGAAAUCCAGACAUAAAGAGGUGAAUGAUGAGAGAUGUUCACCGGCUGGCUCAAGUAGACCGGGGAGUGCCAAAGCAGUAUUUGUAAACACCAGAAAUGCCGCUGUUAGUGCCAUAGGAGAUGCUAACAAUGUGGGAAAUAACGAAUUAGGAAAAAAGACCUCCUCGUUAUUGUCUACUGAGACCGAAUCUACAGGAACUGGGCCAAGAAAUCCAGCAGUGUGUUCUGCUCCUGAUGACAGUUUGAACUUGGAAAAAACAAGUGAAGUUGGAUCCAGGAACGCAGAUGACCAACUAUGUUCUGUUGCGUGGCAAAGUACAAAUAUUGAACUGAUCCCUUUAGAGAUUCGGAUGCAAAUCAUAGAAAAAGAACGAACAAGAAAAGAGCUAUUUCGGAAAAAAAACUACGCUGCUACAGUUAUACAGAGGACAUGGAGAAGUUACCAUCUCAGACAGGAGUUGUCUCAGCUUCUUAGUACUAAGCGGCAGCGCAAAGAAGAUGAAGACAAAUGGAGACAAGAGACAGCUGCCUUCCUCAUUCAAGUUGCUUGGAAGAAACAGCUGAACCAUAGCCCUCAGAAAUCAGUUCCUCCAUGUAAAAGCCUGAAAUCUGUAAACAAAACCAGCUCAGCCAUAAAAACAAGCAAGCAGUCCAUCCUCAAGCAGAUCUAUGGGCGUUCUCAGGAAGGCAGAGUGUACCAGCCAGCCAGACCUCCCUCUAAGCUGAAACUUUCUGAUGUGCAGCUGGUUUCAGUGAACAACCUGCAGUAUGUUCAUCUGCUGGAGAACGUGGGAAAGUCAAAGCAGUUUUCAUAUAACAUGAGGCCGAGCACUGCUGCAAAAUCCAAAACUCCAAGACUCGAAAACUAAGCGGACAUUUGGGAUUUAAGGAGCAUUCUGGUACAAAUGUAACUUUUCAUCACCUGCAAGCCAUCUACAACAUUUUAAACUUGAACACAUUUCCAGUUUUUUUAUUACAUGCCAAGCAGGCUGCUAGGGAGCCGGACUUGUUUGUUUUGUGUACAAAUUUGUCUUUAAAUUCUAAUUUAUUUACUGACACAUGAAAUCUGAACUGCAUUUGGAAGCAGACAAUUAAGUGCUAAGCCCAGCACUGUGCUGCAAUGGUUCACAAACAUUUACAUUGUGGAAUCAGGAAUUUUGAGUAUGUGCUCAUUAAAUGCAAUUGCAAAGGAGAGUACUGGGGCUGUAACAGUAACUGCUGUUUGGUUUCACCUCAAAAUUUACUAAAUGUAUCUCAAAAUCUAAACAAGAAAGGAGGCAUAACCUUUAUGUUCCAUUUCUGUACUAAAGAACAGGUAAUUUCUCAACCUGUUUUGGGGAUUUGAAAGGAAAGGAAAAAUGUUGACAAAGAAAUCACUCCGCGAGUAAAUUUCUUUCCACAGCACAUGGAAAGUUAGCGGUGUUUUCUACCCUUUGAAAUAAUCCCGUUAUUUAUUCAUUAAGAAUUGUAUUUUUAUACACACACAGAAUGAAUUUCUACAGAAAGCAAUAUAGGGCAGGGCCUAUGCUAGUAGGAAGCUUGUCUUUAGAGCAGUUGGAGCUGCUGCUGUACGGUAUUUACUUUGCACCAUGUCUUUAGAAACACAAAUUUCUGAAAUUAAAAUCACGAUUUUUUUAAAGUGGUGGACAGAUAAUUUUAUUCUAGUUGCUGUCACAUAAUUCCAGUUCUUUAGUUGGAUGGAGUCCACGAGUCUCUGCUUCCCUGGGAGCACUUAAGCCUCACAGAGGUCCCUUAUCUGACCCUUCCCCGUGGUCCUUCUAGGAAACCCAACUUCCAGUGAAGCUGCAGUUUCAUGCUUGAAAAGAAAGCUACAGGAGGGAUGCAGCUCUUUGUAAAAUUUUUAUUCUGUUUCACUUACAAAAAAAUGGACAAGCUUUGUUCCAACAUCUCCCGUUCAAAACUAAAUAGAAGUAAAUGCUUUACAAUAAAUGCAGCUCCACCUCUUUAAUACACUGCGUUCAUAGGGCUGGGUCCCUGGGGGUGAGAGGCCAGGUAGAUGUUGAAGCAGUAAUGGAGGUCCGUCAGCCACUGCUCUUGGACUUCGCCGCUCUUCAGGGUCUAAAAAAUAAGGGGGGGAGGGGGGAAUUCAGCAACAGCAUUUGUGAAGCUUUGCUUUGUUCUUAGUGAAGCAGGUGCUCUGCUAACGACACCCAAUGGCCUCAUUCACUGGCAUGCAGUGACAAUUCUCUCUUAGUCUGUAUGUUUAAACACGGUACAUCUGUUAGUGCUGAAAUAAUAAAGUGUCAUUAUUUGGUAUGUUAAGAUUGUGUUACAUUAUGGAGUGUGUGAAUUCUAUCAGAUGCAACUUUUUCAGUUCUACUGUAAUACUCACCCAAGGAGUGCCACUGUCCACAGCCCACGGGCACUAACUCAUCCUCCUCAGCAUUUCUCAGUGGUUAAAAACAGAAACAAAACCACAACCCAGCCACAGCCACACAUCCCCAAAGCAGGCUGAAGCCUUUCCAGCACUGUAGGAAGCCAACGACAUAUUUUCCACUGGAGAACUUGUUUGAUAGACUUACAUCUUGUUCUCCACCCCCCCCGAGGUUAAGUUUGGGAUGACAUUAUAAAAUGAUUACGGCAUUGUACUUAUUCAAGUCUGGGGACCAUACAAACUCCCUGCACCCAGAACUAGUCAUAGAUGUGUGCAAGACGACAGCUUCUGAUCUGUUUCCCGAGAAGCAGAUGUAAUAAUCUCAAAAGCUCUGACAAGUGCAUGUGUGACUACAAUGCUGGAUUCUGCAAUAGCUGCACAUUUUAACACUUCUACCGUUUGUCUCUCCAGGGACCUGCACACUUGAGAGAGAGAAGAUAUUUCCCACCAGCACAUAUACUGGGACAGCUCCCCACCCAGCUGUGGCAUGCUGCGCCUCAUCCCCUUCCUGGGCACUUUGUUUCAAAACUUAGCUUUGAAAUUCAGCCCAGGGGUCCUGGACAGCAUUUGGCUCUGUGACAGUCUCGUUUGAGCAAAACACAACUCACAUUUCACCGAGCGUAGGGUUUGCAGUCACUGUUCAACAUAAACACAAAGUAUAUUCUUGUGGUCUCUGGCAGACAAGAACAGGUUUCCUACCAUGAUGUCCUUGAUAAUCUGCUGCACCAGGAAUUCAUUGGUCAUCAUAUGGCUCCUGAGCUGACCGUGUUGCAUCAGUAAGCGAAGCAGCUGAGCAACAACGGGCAGCUCCUCGCGGCAGAUCCUGCUCACUUGCAGACUUUGCAGCAUCAGCCUCAGCAGCCGUGGCAGGAGUGCUAAUGCAGAAAUGCACGAUCCCCACAGCAUAUCCCUGGGAAGAAAAGAGAAUGAAAAUUGAAGUGAUCAGGGCAGCUCAUUUCAGACACGCUUCUGUGGCCGAUGUCUUGUAUUUGUACCAGGAAAAGCACCCCUGUGUUGAUGCCAGUUGGCACGACUGCAUUUGCAAUUAGUGCUGAAGCAGAAAAUUUGUAGUGGCAAAUGUUACACUCAAAAACAUUGUAAGCUGAUGGAAAAAAUUUAAGGUCCUGCCCUGGAGCUUCAAAUGUUGCUGAAGCCCUCACACGGUGUGACUUCUGCUCGAAGCAGUGGGGAAGAAGGGUUCUUCUUUCAGCUGUAAUUCAAAUACAUCUGAACCUCUUGAAUCUUUAAGGCUCAAAACAAAUACAGAAAAACACAAUCAGUGCUUUGUAACAUGUAACAUGUACAUGGUAAGAGAAGGAGGAGUCUUCCUAAGCAAACUCUGAUCAACCUUCCUGUAUGUGGAACAGUUGUAAGAAAAAAAAAAAAAAAUCAAAGUUUCAACUGCUUAAAGACAUUUCUGCUUUACUGGUAAAUAAACUGAUCCUGGGUGGC